UGCAGUUCACCGGUUGUUGAUCCCGCCCAGUGAUCACUCCGUACGCUUCGACGAGGAAGGCACGAAUCGUACGAACAAUGUGGAACGGGGCGUUGCUAGUUGAUCUUCGCCUCGUAGUAGUUAAUCGAGAGUGAAGUCGGAGAAGAGGUGAGAGGUAGAGGAGGCUGGGCGCGAACGAUCCCACGGUACAGCAGAAGCAGGCGAAAGUAGAAGCUGGACAUGGAGCUGGAGCUUAAGCCCUAGGAAGGCGGAGACAGAGCUCGAGUACGAUCACAGGAAGGAAUUUCGGUGCUGCUGCUACCGAAGAAUCUCGAUUCGGUGUCAAGCGACCGGGCAGAUUCUCCCGGUGUUUGAAAUCAUCUGUAGUUUUCCCAAAGUUGUGUCACGAGAGCGGAACGACCCAGACAAACAGACGGUUUGCAGGGUGGUUGAAGAUUCCGCUUGCUGUCCCAAGGUUUGUUCAUGCUGUGAAUAUUGAUGGGGAAUGAAGAUGAAGAUGGAAAGACUGGUGAAGAAGACUUUGCAGUUAGGGCUUUUGAGGCUCGCAAGCAUGUUUGGAUGGGUGCAAUUCCUUUAUUAGUCCAUUUACACGAGUCAGAAGUGACAAGCCUUCCUGCACCCACGCCCUUAUUGAUUCUUGCUCCUCGAAAUGGGUAUCUGCCUCUCUUAGCCGAUUCAAUAAAGCCUCACUUUCAAAGUACUCUGCCCCCCGGCUCUGACACGAUCUGGUUCGACUACGAAGGCUUACCGCUGAAAUGGCACAUACCCACAGGCGUCCUUUUCGACUUGCUGUGUGCAGAACCGGAGAGACCUUGGAACUUGACGGUUCACUUUCGAGCGUAUCCCUUUGAUCUUUUGAGUCCUUGUGAAGGUGAAGAUUCGGUUAAAUGGAAUUUUGUCAACGCUCUGAAAGAGGCAUCAUAUGUCAUGUUUGGGAGCACCAAGUCUGUAAUGAAUUUAUCACAAACGGAGCAAUCCGACCUGUGGAAAAGUGUUGUAAAAGGUGAUUUGGAGAGCUAUGACCAUAUCUUCAGUCGAUCAAAACCUGGAAUGAAUUUGAAUUCUAAUGCUCCCUGGAAUACUGGAAGAUCUGCUUCACAUCGACCGAGUAGUGCCGAUUCAGAAUUAGAAAACAAGCGGACCAGAGCAGGUGAAGGGGUCCGACCCGGGAGAUUACCAAUGCGUUUUUACAUCCGAUCAGUUAAAGAGAAAUUUGAUGACUUUUGCGAUAGCUCCCCGGUUGAUUCCUGGGACCAGUUGGUGUACAUGACAAGACCGAUCGACGUUCCUAAGGACAAAGAGACCGUACUUACCUUGCGAGACGCAUUGAUGAAAGUUGUACCUCAUUUAUUCUCAUCUAAAUCUCCGAUAGUCAACAAUGAAUCUGAUGAGAGUCGAAGAAGUCCUGAAAGUAGUGCCGAAAGUGAUCCAGCUAAGUUGGGCGAGGUAUCAGAUCAGGACACGGGGAAUGAGAAACUUGAGCCCGAGGUUGGAGAUAUUGUUGUAGUCGCACCUCUACCAUGUGGUGCGGACGAGACAGGUGAUUCUCACGAAGCACUUGAAGAAGAGUCACGAAUGAAUGCACAAGAUCCGUGUGGUAAUCUAUAUGAAUUCGGAGAUGAGGAUAAAUUAUUAUCAACUACCGGAGGUCUGUGGGAAGGACUGAAAGUGCAGAGCGCUAAACAAUUUGAGGGUGUUGUGCGUAUUCAGGGCAUUGAACUAAAUCUUGAUAUUCCUCUUGACUGGGUGGCAAGAAAUCUGUGUGGGCCUGAGAUGUUUAUCCAUCUUUGCAUAUGUACAUGGGUUUCUAGAUGAGCAGCUCCAUGGCAAGCAGAUUGCUUGUGUCAUAAGGGCAACAGCUCCCUCUUUCUUUCAAUGCAAUGGCCACGAGAUUAAUUUAUCACACGUGGACAGGAGGAAGACAAUAUACUUCAAGGGCCGAUGUACAGUAGGUAAUGGCCUAAAAAGACUAGAAACAGGGUGGAUAUGAAUCUUGAUUUUUGGGCGGAGAUGACGUGAAGCCUCGUGAUCUCUGGUCAACCCUGAAAUUGUAUAGACAAUUGUCCAAGGCUAUUUCUGUCAAACGUGUGAACCGAGUGUAGACCUUAAGGCUCUUACGGUAUCUGAGCCGGAUCAUCCCCAGCUAUUUGGAUUUUAAAAUACGGAAAGUGAGCUUGGAACCUACUCUGAAGGUGGUGGUUUAGUUCUCGGAGAACGAGCUCCUCAUGCGCCAUCCUUCAGCAGUGUUAAUACUAAAUUCACAAGGAGCUACUGGAGUGGUACAUGUACAAAAUCUUGUCAUUCGAAUUCUGAGUUAGUCUCAACUCCAUGUGCCUGCAGGUUAGUGACAAAUUUGGCAUGAGAAAUAAAUUGAAGGCGGACUGCCAUUGGGAAUCAGAUUCAAAUGUUCGUUGUUAUUAGCUCUUUGGAGUUUCGAACUUCUGAUUGAGAUCUCUUGAGCUGGAUGGAAUAGCAUACGUUUUGCAGGAACUAGUUGCAUAGAAUGCUAGAGCGGACUUAUGGAAAGAAUGUAGAUGCGCAAUAUUAGUGAUCUUCGGGCACGCGAGAUGGAGACAGUUGUUAGAACAACGCCACAUUCACGUAGCAACAAUGACGAAGUACCGAGUAACAUAGUAGAAAGGGGUGGGAACACAUUACUAAGCGAGGUAGGGCAAGAAACCUAAUGAGACCGGGCGCUAAUCUCAACUACCUGAAAAUGUAUUUUACUCAGUUUACGAUAUUUUGGUGUUGGAUUUUUUUCUGUAUUUAGCUAUAAUAACUUUUGG